CACUUCAUUCGACUCUCGACGGGCAGCGUGCGAUGUGAGACAAGGAAGAAAAAAUGCUUUUUCAGAGACUAUUCCCAGGGAUGGCUGUGCUGGUGACUCGUAGAUGUUUGUUGUGCAUGUUGUGUAAUCAAAGAUGGAGAAUCAAUAUCAAGUGUUUUACCCAUUCAGUAGAGAACCCGAGGUUCAGCAGGAAUUUAGGAACUACCUCCAAAAGAAGAAGAUCAAGAAGCACAUAUCCACAGAGAGAAAGCAUAAUUUAAUUCGAUGGCUUACUGACAACGACGCCAAGCCCCAGUCGCAGAAGGAUUACUCUCUACGAAACUACGCAUCCAAGACGUAUAAAUGGGAUGGUGACAAGCGUAUCCUCUGGGGUAUUGGAAAGAGUGAAAAUGGAGGAAAGAGUGGGAAGACCAAGAAGACCAAGAAGGGUUGGAAGGGUAGCAAGGGUAGCAAGGGUGGGAAGUGCCAAGACAGGGUGGUUGUCACUGAGGAUGAGAUCUUGGAUGUGGUAGAAAAAAUCCACAUGUCGAAUGAUCAUGGGGGGUGGGAUGCCACCUGGGAUGAAGUCAGCAGCAAAUACUGUGGGAUUGUGAGGUCAGAUGUCAUCUUCCUUCUGAAGAGGUGCUACAUCUGCCAGUUAAACCCGCGCAAACAUUCCAGGAGGAAUGCGGCCCUUGAUGAGGCCCCUGCAUCAAGUUCAUCUCUCGCAACGCCAUCGUCAGAGCAGCAAGCCUCGGAAGAACAGCAACCGUCAUACGGGCAGCAAGCCCCUGAGCAGCAAGAUUUUGAUCAAAUUCUUGACCAGAUCUCUCAGCAGACCUUCGAUUACAACUUCGGCAACGACAACUACCAAUGUGGUAGCUUUGAAGGACUGGAUCAGCUUUGGAACGAAGAGGUGCCAGACAUUGAGAUGGCCGAUAUGGAUCCUUCAUUGUUCAACAAUGACUUCCAGGAUCUCAUGAUGUAUUCCUACCCGCCUCCCGAGGAGGCUUCGGGCAGCCACACUUACCCCUACGACUUUAAUUUCAUGCAAGACUCGGUGUAACCGAUUGCAGAGCUGCCCUAAUACGUCAAUGAAGGGGGGCUUCCGGGGUGAAUAUGGUGUUGUGGAGGAAGUCAAGCAUUUUUGGGGCGUUUUGGCCAGAGGUUUGGCUUCAGGGAGCAUCUGAUAAGUCAAUGCAUCCAUAUCCCAGAAUUUCUUUCUGGUUGAUUUGGGGGAGUGGUGGGAAACAAGGUUGCGACUGUUUUUGUGCAUUUUGUGUGCAUUUUUGUUCUUUUUUUUUUGUGUGUGUUUGAGUGUUAGCAUAACUAGGGUUACCAGACUGCCAGACUGUUACUGAAUUGAACUUUUGUUUUUCUCACGAUACUCCCGUGCUUGCUGUUUGUGAUGAACUUUUUUUUUUU